GCGCCGCCUAUUGCAGUUGGUAUAAUCUCAGAAAAGUUGUGCCUACACCUUCGAAGAGGCCAAAGUCCAAUGUAGAAUAGAAAAUACUAACCGCGGAUUUAAAGCAUUGUACUUCAAGAGGGGAACGUUUUACAGAAUUGCAAUGGCCCGUGUAGAAACUGUUGUUAUAUUGUUGCCGUUCAUACUAACGUUUAUAUGUGUGGUGGCAGUAGAAAGCGGCGGGCUGAACCUGAGAAGACAGAAGAGAGAAUGGAUCAUUCCUCCUCGGAAGUUGAAGGAGAAUGUGGAUUACAGGAACAGGGAAUACAUCGCAAAGAUUCGUUCUGAUGCGGAGUACAAGUCAAGAGUGACGUACUCACUGACCGGGAUCGGUGCAGACCAAAACCCUAUGAACUUAUUCCACGUCAACCUAGAUACAGGCUUUGUCACAAUCAGAGGCAUUCUGGACAGAGAGGAGAUCGCUUCCUACCAUUUACUUGGAGUAGCGAUGUACAACAAUGGAAGCCGUGCAGAGAAGGACAUUGAACUCAAUAUUUUAGUUGAGGACCAGAAUGACUGCCCACCAGUGUUCGUUUUUGGCCAAUCUGGAUCCGUCAAUGAGUCCAGUGCUGCAGAGACCGUUGUCAUGAAAGUGACUGCCACAGAUGCGGAUCAAGUGAACACUCUACACUCUCAGAUUUACUACAGCAUAGUGGAGAAGAGUGCUUCAGAUAAAAUGUUCGCCAUCAACUACAAGACUGGAGAGAUACUGGUUCGCAGGACUACACUGGACAGAGAGACUCAAGACACCUACACCCUGACUGUAAAAGGUUCAGACAUGAACGGAGCAUUCGGAGGAAACACAGGAACAGCAGAAGUUGUGAUUAAAAUCCUGGACAUCAAUGACAACAUCCCCACCCUGGAGAAAGAAUCUUACGAGGGCAGUGUGGAGGAGAACACGGUCGGUGUGGAAGUACUGAGGAUCAAAGCCAUUGAUCUGGAUCUGAUGUACACUGAGAACUGGCUGUCUGUGUUCACCAUCAUCACAGGCAAUGAGGCCGGCUACUUCAACAUCACCACAGACGCUAAGACCAACGAAGGCAUUAUAUGGAUAACCAAGGCACUGGACUAUGAGGAGCUGAAAGUGCUCAACCUUGCCAUACGUGUUUCCAACAAAGCAGAGUACUACUUUGGCUCCUCCAAAGGAAGAGUGGAUAUAGGAAACGCUAAGACUUACCCCAUCAAGAUCAACGUGAUCAACCAGAAAGAGGGGCCCAAAUUCAAGCCAACGGUUAAAGUGGUGACCAUCUCUGAGGACUCCAGCUUGGUCACCAUUAACAAGGUUAUCACUACCUACACAGCCAUCGACAGCGACACAUUACAGAUCGCUACCAAUGUCAGGUAUGCCAAAAUAUAUGACGAAGACCACUGGCUGAUGAUAGAUGAAAAGACAGCGGAGAUCAAGCUGAACAAACUCCCUGAUCGGGAGUCCAAAUACCUGGUCAAUGGAACAUACUACGCCAAGAUAAUAGCCAUCACAACGGAUCUGCCAUCCAAAACGGCCACAGGGACAAUAGCCAUCCAGGUGGAAGACUUUAACGACCACUGUCCCACGCUGACAGCUACGACUACGACCAUGUGUCUGGGGGAUACCGCUGUGUACGUCAUGGCUGUGGAUGGGGAUGCCUUCCCCAACGGAGCUCCCUUCAAGUUCAGAGUGAUUCAGGACGACAGCAAACAGAAGUGGAUGGUGGAGCACCUCAAUGACACCACUGCCAUUUUACGAGACCAUGCCCAUAUGUGGCCAGGUCACUACAAGGUUGCUGUGGAGAUCAGCGACCAGCAGGGGAAGGCCUGUGCUGACAUCCAGGUUCUGAACGUGGUUGUAUGUACCUGUGAUCAGGUCAAUAAGGUCUGCAUCGAGCGGCGGACGGGCACUGACAUCACGUUAGGAGCCCCUGCCAUCCUGCUGCUCCUCCUGGGCCUCCUGCUGUUGCUGCUGGUUCCUCUCCUGCUGCUGUUCUGUCUAUGUGGAGGAGCAGCGGCCAUUGGAGACUUUAAGCCCAUCCCGUUUGACACUAAAGAACACCUGAUUGCAUAUCACACUGAAGGACAAGGAGAAGACAAGGAAGUUCCUCUCCUGAACGUUCCUGUGGAGGUGGAGCAUGGCCACAUCAAAACUGUGAAUGUAGGGAAGUACGGGGGAAAUGCGGGAUUCAUAGGAAGAGUAGGGGAGAUAGGAGGAGCAGCAGGAGGCGUGUCAGGGGACGGCUUCACCUCAUCCUCAAUGUUCACAGGAGCGCAUCAACAGUACCAUGGCUUCCACCAGCCCAGUGGCAGAUUAGAGGUGGACUAUGGCAUGGGCGGAGGAAUCAUGACAGAACAGCAUGAACACUCAAUGUUCUCCAGAUUACCUGCUGGUGCUUACGACGGGAUGGCACUCUCUGAGGAAGUCUUAGAGGAGUACUACUCUGCAAAAGCCAAUCACACUGCGCAGAUCGACCAACAGAGAGAUGCCCUGCUGAUUUACGACUAUGAAGGUCAGGGGUCACCGGUAGGGUCUGUGGGCUGCUGCAGUCUACUGGGGGCUGAUGAUGACUUGGACUUCCUCAACGACCUGGGGCACAAGUUCAAGACCCUGGCCCAGAUCUGCCAGGGGUCGAUAGCUAUGGAGGCGGAGACUGUCAAUGUGUCUGUGUCACCCACUCAUCCUAGACCUACCACAUCCAUUCACACAGAGGUCAGCAGAAAUACUGCUCUCAAUGUCAAUACCCUGAACACCUCCGUCACCACCUCCACCACCUCCGUCCCCCUACAGGAGAGCCUGAUUACUCGGGACCAGGGAUCAGUCACCAUCCCCAGGUCUCAUAUCCAGGAGAACGUGGUGAUCCCCAGGCAGACCGUCCUCAUCCAGCAGCCCACCAUGUACUAUGCCGCUGCCCCCACCAUGUACAUGGUGGAGCCUCAGCCCCAGUUGUUGCUGGUGGAGCAGAGAGGAGGAGGUGGUUAUGUCCAUGCCCAGCAGGUGGUAGGCCAUGUGGGGGUAGGGACCGGUCAGCGGAUGGUGCAGACAGGAGGGCUCCAUGGUUCUCAGGGUAUGCUGCUAGUAGAGAAGCAGAUGGGGGUGGGUGGUGGUGGGGGAGGCCAUGGUCAUGUCGUUACGGGCGGAGGCCAGUUCUUACAGGGAGCCGGCCAGACUACUACUGGGGGAGGUCACAUUAUUACAGAGAUGAGCCAAACCAUUACGCAGGGAGGCCAGAUUCUACAGGGGGCAGGGCAGACCAUGAUUGGAGGAGGCCAUCUCUCGCCAGGAGGAAGCUUCUCACAGGGUUCUAGGAAAGUGCUGGUUGUUGAGAGCGGGUCCGGGCCAGCCUCGGCAGUAGGGGGCAGUGCAGGCUUAUGGGCACCCCAGGUCACCCUGCAGAGAGGCCAGGGGUCAUCCUCCACCUUUUCCUCAGGUGGUCAUAGUGUAGAGGUGAUAGGUCAGAGGGGUGCUUCCACCUUGACCUCCAGCUCCCUGUGUGGCUCGAUGGGGUCAAAUCAGGCCUCUGCUGCUGCUGUCACAGUCGCCACCACACCCAUGCCCACGGCUGCACCACGUAGCAGGAGCCACACCGCUGUUGUGCAAGAGAAGAAAUCCUCUGUCACUGAGAAAUACACUGAGACCAGUACUAUAGCGUAGAAAAAAACCUCACAUUUGCUUGAAAACAUACAGUGCCUUGCGAAAGUAUUCGGCCCCCUUGAACUUUGCGACCUUUUGCCACAUUUCAGGCUUCAAACAUAAAGAUAUAAAA